AUGCGUCUCGAGUUCUGCUUUGUCAAUCAAAAUCUCGGUGAAUUUCAAUUUCACUGUUGUUCGCCGCCACAAACGGAACCUUGUCUUUUCAUUGGUUUUUAUUCAAAUUUUACCCAUUUUGUAGUUUCUUACAGUGAUAUUUUUAGUUUAUGUAUUUUCGUAUAUGUUUUACUGUCCUAUCAUAUAUAUUCAGAUUUCCACAAGAUUGGUGGUUUUAGGAUCUUCACACAAUGUCUGGAAUCGGAAGAACCCGAGAUACGACGGUCGUGCCUGGAUGUGAUUGCAUCUCUCGUACAAAAUAACCCGUACUGUCAGGCAGCCGUCUUACAGCAUGACCUUCUACCUACCAUACUUCAUAUGCUGGACACAGAUAACAACUCCACUGUGAAAGUGAAAGCUCUAUAUGCUGUAUCCUGUUUGAUACGAGAUUGUGAAGAAGGUCUAGACGGGUUUUUAUCACAUGAUGGAUUUUCUGUAAUCAUGCGUGCCAUGCAAACUGAUAUUGAUAAAUUGAAAAUAAAGUCAGCUUUCAUGUUGAGUUCAAUCUGCAGUGAUAACAAUAAAUGUAAAGAUAUUGUUUGUGAUAUAGGAAUGAUAGAUCAACUUGUAGGACAUCUCAGUGAAGAGCAUAGCAGUUUUCAUGAACAUUUGUUAUCUGCGCUACUGUCUAUAGUAAGAGGCCAUCCUCGAAGUUUACAGCAGUGUUCACGGCCAGAGUUAAAUCUGCUUUCCUUGUUACAACAAAAAGAACAAGAUAUGAAAGGAAAGGAUGAGUUUCAGGAGGAGUAUGAAUACACUGUAGAAUUGCUGAAGUUAUUAAAGACAUCACAAGACAGUUCGGAACAAGAUGUUGUCAGAUGAUACUAUAGUUUAUUCAGUAUUUAGGCAUUUUAAGACAGUUAUUAAAGGGCCUCAAGUUCAAUCUAUUUCUGUGCACUCAAGAAGUAACAACCAUUUGCAGAUUUUUUCAAAAUGUUGGACUGAGUGUAACUGUAGAAAAUAUUAGUCACCUUUAUGUUCCAAAAAUUGAGUUAUUUCUUUUAAAAAUCACUUUCUGCCAAAGUGUUGCAUUUGAAUGCACUGGAUAAUAUGUUCAGUUGUUGUGAGAGUAAUUAAGAGCUCAGAUAAAAUUUAAAAAGAUCCAAACUGCUUCAGUUAGUUCAUUGUUUACACAACAAUUCUAAUGUCUAUUCUGUACUGAUAUUCUGUGCCAGAAGAAGUUAUGCACAGUAACGUAAAACUGGUCAAUAUACAUGUAAACUUUGUAUGAACAGAUAUAUAUUUAACUCCCCAAGUUACAUUAUUCAUUGGACAACUCAUUCCUUUGCUUCUGAGCUGAAAUGAUUUUUUGCUAAAACACAAUUUGUAGAGCUUUGCAGUAGCUUUGACUAGUCUUCGGUUUGUUGUAUUCUGAUGAUGUAAAAAACUGUGAAAUUAUGGAUUGGGUUUUUUAAUGUUUUUUUAAAUUACAUGAAAAUGGAGUAAUUAAAGGGAGUGUAACUUCAUACUCGUACAGGUAGGAUUACCUUCUUUAUAACAAUAAGCAUUUGAGGUGUCAUGAUAAAGAACAAUAUAACCAUACAAUACAGUUGUACGUUCUAAAUGUGUAGGUUUGCUGGUAACAAGUGAUGAUCUGAUAAAAUCUAUGACAGAUUUUUAACAGACACUUAUUGUAUAUAGAGACUUACUAGACAUAUAGGUAUUGAUAUUGCAGUUCCUCUGUUUGUUAAAUCUAUAUACUACAGUAAGAGAAGUAAUGUUUUAGCUUUACUGUGCACACAUGCAUGUGUAUUUUGAUAAAAUGUUUGUUUACUUGAUAACUGCUUUGCUGUUAAUGAUGUAAAAUAAACUACUGUAUCUAUACUAGUUAUAGAAUACAGUGCCCAAAAAGACUAAAUGUAUUUACUUUAAUUUCUACCUUCUUGCUAUAAUAAACCCUGAUGUUUGUUUGUUUUGUUGAAUAACAAGU